GGCCUGGUAUGGAGCAAGAGGAAGAACUGCAGAAGCUGAAAUCAGCACUUUGCUCAUGGGGUUGCUUUCAGGAAGUAAGUCAUGGGAUUUCUAGUACAUUUCUAGAUAAAUUUCGCGAAGUUUCAAGGGAAUCCUUCGAACAGCCCAUGGAAGAGAAGAAGAAGCAAGCGAAAGGAGUUGAAGAUUUCGAAGGCUAUGGAGCUGACCCUGUACCUGAAGAAGGUCAAUUCUUGGAUUUGUUUUAUAGGCUCUUCCUUGAUGUAUACCCAGAAGAUCGGAGAAAUCCUGAAUUAUGGCCAGAAAAACCAGAAUCUUUCAGGUGCUUUCAUGCUCCCCAUGUCUCAGAUAAUGACUAAUGGGAUAUUCAAGAGCCCAGUGCAGAGGGUGGUGACCAGCUCGGAAAGGGAGAGGAUUUCCAUCGCUGUUUUCUAUUCACCUGAAGCGAACAAAGAGAUUGGACCAGAAGAUGGAUUAAUCAAUGAAGAAACACCAAGAAUAUUCAAGAAUGUGAAAGGGUACCCUGAUAUAUACCAGGGAUACUACAAGAAAGGACAGAGAGCACUUCAUGUUGCAAAAGUGUGAUAUUAUACUCUACUGAUCUGUUUGUUUUGCACAAAUUGAUAGCGUAGUUAUUAUUAUGGGAAAAAUCUUCACCUCUACAUCUUUAUUCUCUCUUGUUUAGGCUGUAUAGGAAGAUGCUUAAUUUAGAU